AUGGCGAACAACGGCACGGCAAUCCCUCCGCCCACCUACGACUCUUGUUUUGAAGUUGGUCCCUUCUGUCCUGUUGAGGCGACUACAUACGGAUAUUAUCCCAACUUCGGCGGAAAUGUCUUCUUCGCGGUCUGGUUCGGUCUUCUCGGCGUCCUUCAACUUGGAAUUGGUGUUUACUACCGGUCAUGGACGAUGAUGGUUGCCCUGGCUGUUGGCGGGCUUAUGGAACUAGCAGGCUACAUUGGGCGGGUGCUAAUGAGCAAUAACCCUUGGAACUCAGACGCAUUCAAGCUCCAGAUCGUCUGCCUCAUUCUCGCCCCGACCUUCGUCGCCGCCGGCGUCUACCUUACCCUGAAACACAUCAUCCUCGCGCUCGGCCCCGAACAUUCGCGCCUGAAGCCCCGGCUGUUCACCUGGAUUUUCAUCAGUUGCGACGUCGGAUCGCUUAUCCUGCAGGCAGUUGGUGGAGGUGUCGCGGCAGCUGCAGGGAACGACCAGCAACUCCUCCAGGUUGGCGACGACAUUAUCAUCGCCGGUAUCGCGUUCCAAGUCGCCACGAUGGCCGUAUGUGGCAUCCUCGCCGCCGAGUUCUUCUGGCGGAUUAAGCGCAGCGGCUCUGGAGCUUUCAGCGAGAAGUCCGUCGGCCGGAGAAGCAUCCACCUUAUCCUAUUCGCGGAGAUUUUCGCCUACACUACCGUGUUGAUCCGGUGUAUCUAUCGUCUCCCCGAAAUGGCCGGCGGCUGGGGUAACCCGCUGAUGCAAAAGGAAGACGAGUUCUUGGUGCUCGACGGAAUGAUGAUUGCUAUCGCUGUUUUGAUGCUUACAGUCUUCCACCCGGGAUUCUUCCUUCCCACGUUGAGGAAGGGGGUCAAGGCUCAGCCAUGA